AUGCCCCGGUGAUGGCGUUUUUAGCAGCUCCAAAAUCCAAGUGGAGUUCUGCCAUAAACCUUGCGGGAUCUGGGGAAGUCUGUCUCUCAACGACACAUCGAUGACCCUCGGGUACAAAUUCAGUUGGGGAUAUCCACCGAAAGCUGGUCUCUGACAAUUGACCAAUGGCUUCAAGAAAUGUACACCUACACGCCAAACUUUUCUCGCUAACCAGUGUCUGAUGGUCGGAGUAGAUUUAAAAAUUUUCAAUUUUACAAUUUCACCUUCGGAAUGAGUAACAAUACAAUAGGCGGUCCAGAAUUAUUUUCCUUGCUUGAGUCUAAUAAACCCAGCGAGGUAGAUGAAACAAAAACAGUUCUUCACGAACACUUCCUAUCGACUAAAGACAACUGGUUAGUUAAUGGACUCUUUGAAUAUUAUCUUUCAACAAAUUCAAAUAGAGCUAUUGAUGUUUUGGCUAAAGUUCGAGAGCCACAUGACAAACACUUGCUGGAUAGACUGUAUGAAGCUCUUGCCAAACCGAAUAAUCAAGGUCAAAAACUACUGACUCUUACACUCUUGGGCCAUGUGGCACGUCGUCAACCCACCUGGCUUUUUAAGCUUGCUAAUCAUCAACUCUUUAAAGAACUUCUUAAAUUACUAAAAAUGGAGGGAGAAACUUUAUCAUUAAUGAGUGCACUUUUAUUAUUGGUGACAUUAUUGCCAAUGAUACCGGGAGUUCUUGGACCACAUCUUCAUGACAUUUUCGAAGUUUUUGCCCGUUUAGUUACAUUUUAUUACAAUCAAGCUUCUCAACUUUCAUCACAGAAUUCGACUUCUGUCGAGUGGGAUAGAUUUUAUUUUUUACACUUACAGGUGGGACUCUAUAGUCUUUUUCAUAGACUGUAUGCAAUGUACCCGUGUAAUUUUGUCUAUUAUCUUCAACAACAAUAUCAACGAGAUCCAGAAUCAACAUUUUCAUAUACUGUACAACCAAUGUUGGAAUCUGUCAGGAUGCAUCCACUUUUAAUAACUAUGUCAAAAGAAGCGGAAAUUAGUCAACAAAGGUGGAAAAAAAUGGAACAUCAUGACGUUGUAGCGGAAUGUGGAAAAUUUACUAUAGAUAGGAAAAAUCAAGAGGAAAUUGUUGUACCUACGAAAAAUCCACGUUUCACUCCAAAUCCAGAUUAUCCAUAUCCUGGAAGUGAUACAAUUGGAGAGGAUGAUACAUUUUGGUCUCCGAGUAUGAUAAUGCCACCACAUAGUCCUCCAAUUUUACAAACACAACCUCAUGAAAUAAGAUCAACGCCCUCGACUCCUGGUAAUAAAAGUAGAACAUCACCACCUGAAGCGGCCGUCGAAGCUACUCCAGAAACAACACCUGUCAAGGACUCAAGACAGAUGCCAUCAAGACAACCAAUGAGUAAUUCAGCUGUGAGAGCACUUGGCGCAUUUGGAAAUGGAGUUCUCGGUGUGAAUUCUCGACCGUCAACGCCAAAUUCUGUGAUUUCUUCAAAUUUCACAUUUGGUGGCGGUGAUAAUUCUUUAAUUACGUCCUCAAUUCUUUCGCAAAAACUCGAGAAAGUUGAAUCCGAUAGAUUUAAUUUUCAAUCGCCAAAAUCAAAAAACAUUUCAAAUAUCACGGAAAAAUUGUCAGAAACUGACGUCAGUCAAAAUGGAAAAAAUGAUUCUUGGCAAGAAGAUCAGGAGAUUUUGGAAAUUGUGAAUGCAAGGGGCAGUAGAAAUAGUGCAUCGAAUUAUUUGCAACAUCGAUUGCAAAUGAAUGAUUGUGUAAAGAAUACAAAUGUCCAAAGAUUUUGUCCCAUUUCACAAACAAUAAAAUUGGAUAAUAUUGUAAAAAAUGAGGAAAAAUUAGAUUGCACCGAACAAAAUGCAAGUAAAACGAAAAAAACAGAGGAAAUUGGUACACAAACAUUAGAUUUUAUUCCCUAUGAACAUCUUCUUAAAGAUAUUUGUAAUCAAAAAAAUCAAGAGGCCAAUACAGAGCCGCCCACAAUUCUUCUCGAUCGUUAUAUUGAAACUUGUGUUGGUACAAAUAGUUCCAGUGAUUAUAAUCGAUCAAGAUCGAAUGUAUCGAAAGUAAAGCAAAGAAGACGCGAUGAUGAUCAACAAGAUGAAAAUGUGGACGAUGACGGCCUACAUCACGAUUGUAUUAAUCAAUUGCAACUCGUUCAAAUGCUAUUACAAUUUGAAAGACAGAGACGAGAAGUUCUUGCCGAACGAAAUCGAAGGCUAUUUGGCAAAAUGAGAGAUUCACGAGUUUCUGAAGAACAUAACGUUGCUCUUAAUGAUCGUCUAAGAAUUCUUGACGCUGAGAAAAGUGCACUGAAAACAGAAUUGGAUCGCAGUAAAGCAGAAAUUCGUUCAAUUGAUGAAAGAUGUUCACAGGCCUUACAACAUUGGCAGUCGAAGUGCGUUGAGGAACAACAACAAAAUCAAACGUUUAAGGAUAAAAUCGAAGAUUUGGAAAUAAAAUUAAAAAGUGAGAGAAAAAAAUCAUCGGAAGGCGAGCGGCAUAUACAAUCACUUGGUUUUGAUUUAUUUAAUGCGGGUAAUCAACUUCGUGAGGCUUUGAAAACAGUGAAUUACGCUGAAGAAUUGCAAAGAAAAUUGUGUACUAUUAAAAAACAAUUUUUGCUUUUCCGAGAAGCGCAAAUGCGAAUACAACAUGAACGCACAGAUAUUUAUAUGAAAGAGGCUAAAGAAGAGGCGGCCGAAAUGCUCCAACGAUCAUACGUUGAAGAAUUGCAAACACUACGAAAACAAGUGGAAAAUGGAAAAGCACUUGUCGAGGCGUAUAGAAAUCGUUUAGGCGAAUUGGAGAAUAAAGAAGCGCGCAAGGAAAAUCAAUUAAUUGAUCAACAACGUCUAUUAUUGGAGGCAAAAGAAAGACAUGAAUCAGAAUUACAAGCUGUUGAAUCAAAAUAUAAAGCGCAAAUGGAAAUAAAUCUUCUUCUUCAAGGUAGAAUUUUGGAGUUACAUGGAAAAUUAGAGACUGAAAUAUCUCGAACUGGUUCAGUGAAAAAUUUAUCGGCUUCGGCAUCACCAAAAGAACAAUGUUCACCGCAAUUAUCGGCCAGUCAUGCAUCUUCCAGCGGCGAUAAUAUUCAAUAUAAUACUGGAAAUACAAUCAAUGAUUACAGUGAUCAAACUGGUGAAAUACCGAAUUUGCAUGCCAUCAUAGAACCACGUUCGAGUCAAAUAUUGACUUCGACCCGGUCUAAUCAACAUCGAUAAAAAAAAAAAAACAAAAAAAAAUUAUAUCAAUGAAUUGAACAAUAUUGUACAUUUUAUCAGGUCUUUCGUAUUUGACCUUGCUGUUCAAAGAAAAAAGAAAAUUUUUCCUUUUUUUUUUCUUUUUCAGAAAAAUUAAUUAGUAGCUUCUAAUCAAUAGGCUAAAAUUAAUUAUUCAGUGAAAAAAAAAAAAAAUUUAAAUGUUGCAUGAUCGCUAUCGCUGGGUGGAGAUUUUUAUUAUGAUUUGUCUCCACUUUUCGAUCAGCAGCUUCUUUAACGACGAAUUCACUAUCUGAAUAAAAGUUGAAAUAUUUUGUGAGCAAUCUUAAACAAAAAAAAAUUAAUUUUUCUUUCCACUCCUUUUUUUUUUAAUCAUAUGGGUUAUUAAAGAAAAUCAAGUUUGAUAUAAAAAAGAAAACAAUGUAUUUGCAAACAUAAAUGAUUAAAAUUCGUGUAUAAUACUGAACGAUAAAAAAAAAAAACUGUCGAAUAUCACACGUGAAUAACACGCACAAAUUAUAUUUGUACAUCGAUUGUAAAUUAUUUUAAAAUUUAAUGACAAAGACUAUAAACAAUGAAAAAAUUAAACAAAA